GGAGGAGACCGAAACAACGGGACGCUUGUUGCUUGUUUCGUGUCAGUUGACCUGUUUCUACAGCCCAGACACCUUCUCAGCUCAGCAUGGAAGCUGGCGAGGAAAACGGUGGCAACGCCAGCAUGAAGAGACAGAGAGAACCCCUGUCAGAUACUGAGGAGAACAUCUUCUCAGCACCCGAGGCGAAUGAUGGCCAGAAGCGGCGGCGUCUGGAAGCGUCCGGUUUGGAGAACCGCAGUCCUAAACCGUCUUCCUCUGGACGCCUGGCCGAGCUGGAGGCAAAACCGGACACGCCGAUAGUUAUGUCAGUCCGGUCUCGAGUCCAGCAGCUCACCCAGAGAAGAGAAGGAGGAGCUCCUCCGACCCAGCGAUGCCUCUCUGAUCCGGGCAGCGACGGGCCGUCAGUCAGCAUCCACAGCAAGGGCUUCAGAGAGCAUCUCCUCGGUGAGGGAGAGUUCAGUCAGCGGAUGGAGCGCUUUAAGCCCCUCCUCCCGACUAGCCCCGCCCCCAGCCUGAGCCCCGCCAACACCUGUCUGCGGACCCGCUCCGACUUUGUGUCUGAAAUUCAGCAGAAGCUCCAGGGAACCACGACGCCGAGCUCCAAGCAGACGUCCCGCAUUCGCCAGGAGCGGGAGCAGGAGCUGAGCCAGCUGCCCUUCCAGCCGAUCAGCGAGAACGCCUGGCUGAAGAGGAGCAGCUCCGACUCCUCGCUGGCUCAGGUUUCUGGUGACACUGAGAUGAAAGAUGGAAGUUUCAUCGAAGCUUCUGCGUCCGGUGCCGAGAAACCGUCUGUAAAUACGACAGAUGCUGAACUGAGCUCCCACGAUGACACCAACACCGGCGACAUCAUCGACCAGAUGUUCGAGGAGGUGCUGGAGUACGCCGACAUGAUGGAGGAGAGACGGGACGCCGCCGAGGAGCGGGACAGCGGCAUCAGCGCCUGCUCCGUGGACAAGGACAAGGUGGACACCGAGUCCGAGAAGGAGAAGAGCGAAGAAGAGGAAGGAGAAGCCAAGAAGGCCGAAAACACCGGAGACGAGCUGCUGACCUUCCCUACGAGUGGAAUCCUGUCUCCUCUCAGCAAGUCUGUGGAGGCCGUGGUCACGCCUCUGCGACUGGCGGCGACUCAGGAGUCCAACCCUCCGUCUCUACUCCUGACUCCAGAGGAAACCAGCACCCCUCCUGCUGAAGCUGCUCCUCUGUACAGCAUCGACGCCUACCGCACGCAGAGACGCAGUAAGCUGCCCACCAUCCAGAGCGUCACUCCUGGAGUUCAGAGACGAGCUCCGGAGGCGUCCAGCUCCCAACCGUCCGUCAACACCAAGGAGAAGAUCGCAGCUCAUAACGAGGAAGCAGCCAAACUGCAGACGGUGAUCAACCAAACCCUGCAGGCUCUGAGCUGCUGCACCGACGAGGACCACGGACGAGGCUCUCUGGAGGAGGCUGAGGCUGAGAAACUGCUGCUGGUCUCCUGUGAGAAGCGCUCUGCUCUGCUGGCUGAAGUGGCCAGACUGAGGGAGGAGAGGAGCUCCGAGUCUGGGGAGGCGUCGGGGGAGGACAAGGACUACGUUUCCCAGCAGCCCUGCAGAGGAACCGUCAGCAUCACCAACAUCCAGCUGCCUCUCAAGGUGGAGUUCGUCUGCUCCUCACACGGCCGUGCAGGCCGGCCGAGUCACUACUUCUUGGUGCUGAUCCGCUACGGGCCCUGCAGCAUCGUGGCCACGCCGCUGGCCACAGCAGCCGACGCCCAGAACGGAGACACCAUCUCCUUCCCCACGUCUGUCACUCUGAAGGAUAUUCGUUCAUCCUUUGAGAUCGACGUGGAAGUCUACAGCCUGUCGCACACGUCGAGCAGCAGCUGCAGCGUGGACCGGACCGCCACCAAGUCCCGGGUCACACCAAGAAAGCUUCUGAAUACUAUAACUAGAUCCAGUAACGCUCUGACAUCCGCUGCUCAUCCUUCCCUCAACGCUCGGCGCUCCAGUAACUUCUGUCUGGUCGGCUCCCAUAAGAUCACGCUGGCCUCGCUGGGACACAGCAAGUUCCCUCUGGACAAGAUGAAGCUUGAAGGCAAAAUCAGGAGGCUGCUGGGAGAUGAGUUUCAGGAAAAGGUGCCUUUCCUCUCUCCUCUAGAGGGCAACAUCUACCUGAAGCUGGACAGCAGCAGCCACUCAGACGUCCAGCACCAAGGCUUCCUGACGAUGUUCGAGCUGAUCAGUGGAUACGGGGUUUGGCAUCGCCGCUAUUUCGUCCUGGAGGGAUGCAGCAUGUUCUACUGGAACCACCCCAACGACAAGGAAACCAAGCAGGCAGAAGGCAGCGUCUCCCUGUCCGGCUCGCCCAGCCGCUGCGUCCGUCCGGUCAAGAGGGAUUCGUGCGCUCGGCCUUUCACCUUCGAGCUGGUGAGCAGCGUCACGCAGCAGGACGACAGCCGGGACGCUCUGGCCAAGUGCUGGUUUUCGGCCGACACCAAGCAGGAGAGGCUGGACUGGAUGGAGAAGCUCAACCAGGCUCUUCUGGACUUUCACUCGUGGAACGGGACCCGGACGGAGAGUCAGCAGCCGACCGGCAGCAACCUGAGGGAGAGCAUUCUGUGAUUGUUAGAGGCGUGAAGGCGUCCUGGAGGUAGACGGGCUGGAGUCAGGGUUCAGGUUCUUCAUCUCAGAGCGACAGAACCAGACAAACACACUCACGGGGAUUUAUUUCUGUUUUAACCUGAAUCCAAUCAGCGCUGUUGGUUUUUCCUUUUAUUUACCUGUUUUUGUUCAAAUCUUUUACUUUGUUUUUUCAGCUGCUGUCGCCUUCGUCGCUCACUUUCAGUAGCGAUGGGGAACCUUCUAUGAACACUUUUGACAUAAUUUACACACAUAUCUAGAAUGUAUUUUUGUAUAUCGGUUAAAAACUGGAAGUGAAACACAUUUAUAGAGACACACUAAUGAGUAUUGAAGGAGGAGGCUAAUAAACUAAUCUAGGACGGGAGAUGAGCGGAAACACGAUGAAUUAUUAAGACGUAGAAGCUGGUGAUUGAAUGGGAGCGUACAGGGUCUGCCUGUGUUUGGUCCGGGUGGACGUUAGUGCAGAUACAGAACAACAUCCUCAGGCUGUUGGCUGGUGGAUCUGUUACCGGCUAUGAAGAAAGAAAAUCAAUUACUGUUACUGUUCUGGUUGUGUUUACGUCUGAUGGUGGAAGAAGUUCACUAAAACAUGUAGAGAAGGCAACGUCUCUCUAAAUGUUAACGCUUAUUUGGGAAAAGAAGAGCAGCAGCCAGAAGAUUAUCAAUGUUUUCUUAUUUUUGCGUUAGUAAGGUUAAUAUGAUGGGCCUUGAAGUUCCACACGUUGAAAUGUGACGGGAUGACAGUUCAGAAAAAAAAACCCUUAAAUCUCUGGAUUUUGUUCCCUGAGCUGCUCACUCACACUGUUAAUCAAUUAAUUGUCGAGUAUUAAACCAAUUAAUUGAUUUUCAUGAUUGCUGGAGAUGAAUUUGAGCAUUUUUUUAAAGAGAAAUUCUCUGAUUCCGGCUUAUAAAUGUGAAUAUUUUCUGGUUUGUGUGACGGUGAACUGAAUAUCUUUUCUACAGCAGCAGAGCCUGUGAUCAGCUGCAGCCCUGCUUGUGCUCGACGGCUGUAACUGCACAUGUAUAAUCUGAUAUAUAUUCACACACAUGAAGGCGUGUUCUCCAGCCUGACUGGGAGAACUGGGAGGGAGCGUAGUGCUGCUGCUGCUGCUGCCAUGAACGUGGUCCGUUCUGCCUGCUGUUCUGUUCUGUUCUGUUCUGUUCUGUUCUGUGUAUUUCCACCUCUCAGUCUGUCACUUUUCUGAAUGUUGUCCAUGUGAACUCUCAUCCUAUGCACUUAAUGGAAGGUACCAAUAAAGGAAAUGCUUCAAAAACC